UUUCAGGAUGUCAUGCGAGGAAUCAAGUUGGUCAAGCCGGUGGUGCAGAUCCUCCGAUCUAGGUUGAUAUCCGGGGGUGGUGAACAGCCCGAACGCUACCGGCUGUGGAUUUCCGACGGCAAAUAUUCGGAAAGUUUGGCCAUGUUUACAACACACCUGUGUAAACGGCACAGCAAAAACGAUCUGGCCGAGUUCACCGUCGUUCGAAUGGAUCGGUACACUACGUCGGUGGUCGACGGCGGUAACGGGAAAGGAGUAAGGAAGGCAAUCAUUAUAUUUGAAUUCCGUGUGCUUAAACCGGGAGCUGCCGUGGAAGGGAAGAUAGGCAAUCCGCAAUUGCUGAAGGAUGUGCGUACUGACGGGGGUUCGGCAGUGGCAUCGUCUUCGGCUGUUACGUUUAGGACGGAAUCCGCUCGAAGUGUCAGUAAUGUCGCAGCGCAUCAGAACCAUUCGAUGGGAGGAUUGCACAGCCGCGUCUCAUUCGGUGGUGACAGAAUGUCCCUUAAAAACACAUCGCCCUAUCCGAUCAGCUCCCUCAGUCCGUAUCAAAACAAGUGGGUUGUCCGAGCCCGAGUCAUGUCCAAAUCGAGCGUCCGAACCUGGAGCAAUGCCAAGGGCGAGGGAAGGCUGUUCUGGAUGGAUGUCAUGGACGAAUCGGGGGGGAUUCGGGUCACUGCAUUUAACGAGCAAUGCGAUAGGUACUACGAUAUGAUCGAGGUGGAUAAAGUGUACUAUAUCAGCAAGUGCAACGUGAAGCAGGCGAAUAAGCAGUACUCCUCGUUCAAGAACGACUACGAAGUGACCAUGACUAACGACACGAUCAUCCAAGAGUGCAAGGACGCUGGUUCGUUCAAACCCUCGCUGCAGUACAAUUUCGUACCAAUUUAUCAGAUUGGGACCAUGGAGGCGAAUGCGAUAAUCGAUGUCAUUGGAGUUUGCAAGGAAGCUGGAGAUGUGAUACAGUUCACGGCCCGGUCCACUGGUCGGGAGCUUAAGAAGCGUGAGGUGAUCCUGGUGGACAAGAGCAAUGUAGCCGUUCCGUUGAUUCUGUGGGGUGUCGAUGCCCAGAACUUCAACGCCUCAAGCAACCCAGUCCUGGUUAUCAAGGGAGUUCGAGUGUACGAGUUUGGAGGGAGUAAAAAGCUCGGACUAAUAGCCAGCAGUGUCAUGAAUAUCGAUCCAGACAUCGAAGAAGCGCACAGGAUGCGCGGCUGGUAUCUGAGCGGUGGAUGCGACAUUGUUAUUGACAGCGUUUCCACCAGGACCGCUAUCGGAGCUGGCUUCUCUGCCGAGUGGUUAACGUUCCACGAUGCCAAGGAGAUGAAAUUGGGCACCGGCGAUAAGGCGGAUUUCUUUCAUGUUAGGGCUGUCGUUCGAAACAUCAAGUCGGCCAAUGCGGUCUACAAAGCGUGCCCACAGCCGAAUUGUAACAAAAAGGUCAUCGAUCAGGGCAAUGGGCAGUAUCGGUGCGAAAAGUGCAACGCGAGCUUCCCUGACUUCAAGUAUCGGCUACUGGUUAAUAUGCUCGUAUGCGAUUGGACCUCUAACCGAUGGGUCACCGUGUUCACGGAUCUGGCCGAACAGAUGCUGGGCACAUCCUCGCAGGAUAUCGGCAACGCGCUGGAGUCGAACGCACGCGAGGCCGAGAGGAUUUUCUCCGCCAUCCAUUUUAAAAGCUACGUUUUCAAGCUACGCACCAAGGUAGAUAACUAUGCGGGCGCACCGCGGAGCAAGACCAUUGCCGUGGCGGCGGUCGACAAACUCAACCACAAGGAGUACAACGCUUAUCUCAUCCAGAACAUCCAGAAGCUGACCGGUGUCGGCAAGCAGUAGGGAGGCAAAUCCAUUGAAGGAAAAAUCGAGCCACCCAUUUACGAACUUUGUACCUGUUUCUGAACUUGUUUUUAUUCUUUUUGUUUACCAUUCGUGUAUAAGA